AUGUCCGUGGCCGGCUCCGCUCUCAAGAGGCUUGGAGAGAGAGAUCCUGGGAAGGACGAGCUUUUCUCACAACAACAAGCCGCGUCCUCCUCCCGAACACUACACGACCGCCGACCCGACCCGCGAUCGCCCCCCGAAGCCAAACCUCAUGACCCCGCCGAGCUUGCUCGCCAAAGACGCGUCUUCCACCUAAAAGCGAACCAUGUAUCUGCCACGGUCCCUCAUCUCGAAGCUCUACCUCCACCUCCAGAGCACCCGCCACCCUCUCUCGCCCCCGUCCUCAUCCUCGUCGCCCUCGAGCCUGAUGCCCUCUGUGCUUGCCGUAUCCUCACGCGGCUCCUCAAGCAUGACUACAUCCAACACAAGAUCCAGCCCAUCGCUGGCUACUCCGACCUAGAAAAGGCGGGCGAGAAGCUGGUUCAGCCCAUGAUGGAGUGCCGCGGCGGCAGUGGUGGCAUCGUUGUCUGUCUCGGCGUUGGCGGUAUGACGGAUCUCGCUAGCCUGCUCGGCCUCGAGCAGGAGGAUGGCGUGUUUAGCGGCGUUGAGGUGUGGCUCCUCGACGCACACAGGCCGUGGAACCUCGCCAAUGUCUUUGGCGGCUUCCCUAUCGACCCUGCCGCGUCCGAGGACGAGGCCAAGUUCCCCGUUGGCGCGGAAGGCGGCAGGAUAGAGAGGGGGUACAGGCCGGGUAAGGGUGGUAUAAUAGUCUUUGACGACGGUGAUGUAGAAGACGACCUGCAGGCAGAAAAGGACGCGUAUCUCACGCUGCUGGACAUGCCUGAUGUUGCCGACGAUGAUGGCGACGAGGACGACUUGGGCGAGACGGACGACGAGGCUGACAGGGACGAGGAUGAGUUGGUCAGGGCGGGCCAAAAGAGGAAAAGUUGGUCGGAUAGGGAAGACGACGAGUUGAGUGACGAUGAUGAUAGGCCUGCGCAGCGGCGUAGAAGCAAUUCGUCGAGCUCCAUACCAGAAUCACCACGCCGUCCCCAAGGGAGAGGACUGAUAUCCAUCCGAGACCAACCCUCCGCGGUGUCAAGUUCAGCAGAUCCUCUUGAACCUCCCUCCGCGGCACAAGGUCCAUCCGCGAGAGCCCUCCGACGAAAGUUCCUGCGGCUCCGGAACGAAAACGAAGCCAUUAUUCAAAAAGCUGGGUCGCGACGACAACGACCUUUAUGGUUCGCCAUUGUGGGUGUCACUUCCAUGGAGCUUUACGGCCGGUCCUCUGCCGGCAUCGCCGUCCCCGUCCGUGGGAACGAGCGCAACCGCGCUGCCGGUUGGCUCGGCAUUCGCGGGGCCCGGAUCCGCCAGCUCCUACGAGACGAGAACUCGGGCAUCAUCCCCACGACGGCCCGCAGCCCCGAGGACACGAGCAUCCGGCUCUCGCCCGAGCCCAAGUUCCUCCUGAUCCGACACUGGAGCCUGUACGACAGCAUGCUGCACUCCCCUUACCUCUUCUCGCGCCUAAAGACGUGGAGCGACACGGGCCUCAAGCGCCUGCACAAGCUUCUCGCCAAGAUGGGCGUCAGCCUCGUGCAGUGCAAGCAGAGCUACACGCACAUGGACAUGGUGCUCAAGCGCGAGCUGCGCACCAAGCUCCUCAAGUACGCGUCCCUCUACAACCUCGACGACAUGGUCCCCUCGGUCGAGUCGGACGGCAAGGACCGCGGCGGCGCCAAGGACGGCUGGGGCUUCGUCCGGAGCUGGGGCUGGCGCGCUACCCUCUCGGCCCAAGAUGUCGGCGUCGUUGUCGGCGCCCUGCUCGAGGUCGGCAAGCAUCCCGGAGAGCACGGCCAUGAUGCCGCCGAGGCACUGGCGUCGAGGAGCGAGGAGUGGGUAUCCCGGUUCUGGGAGGCCUACGACGCGUUAGAUGAUAUCGACGCGCUCAAGGCAGGCCUACCUACAGCCCAGUUCCUGCACCGUGCCAUCUACCGCACAGGCACGUCCCUCAUCCAGAAGAAGCAGAUCAAGCACUUGCGCGCGUUCCGGCUCUGCGUGGUCAAGGACGGGCCCGACGUGGCGCUCUUCAACCACCCCGCGGCGCUCACCAAGCUGGCGCUCUGGAUCGGCGAGGCCCUCCUCGACGAGAAGCAGGGGCUCUACGUCGUCGUGGGCACGGGCGGCGGCGGCGGCCCGGAUACGGUGCUCGUGGACAAGGAAGCGGCGAAGCGGCGCAAGAAGGACCGCGAGGACCGGGCCAAGAGGCGGGAGGCGGACCGCAAGGCCAAGGAAAAGAUUCGCGAGGAGAAGAGGGCGGCGCGCAAGGCCAUGGGCCAAGAGGGCGGCGAAGAGGACGACGAGCUCGAGACGGAAUCCGAAGGCGACGAUGACGACGACGACGACGACGGCUCAGACGACGAUGAGUCGGGUGACGAGGCCGAGACCAAGGAGAAGGGGUACGGGCUCAACCGGUUCGGGACGGCGUUCAACGAUGUCAUCUCCGAGACGGGGGCGCGGGUCCGGGUGGAUAGUUUCGAGCACUGCGUUGUGGAGGUGAAGAAGGAGGACCUGGGGGUUCCUGGAGAAUUUGAGCAUGAAGGCUGCCCGUCCACUCUUAUCGGUAGAAAGGUCGAGAUCACCUCUGGACUGUAA